AUGGGACUGGUUUCCGUUGCACGUGCGUUUUCUGUCCGUGUGCUGUUCGCUUCCCAUGGCGUUGUUGCUAUUUGGCGCCUCCGUGAUGUCACAAGUGACGCGCGCUACUGGUAUCUGGCAACGCCCAUUGCGCUUAUGGCGAUCGAGUUACUUGUUACGGUGGUGAAACGCAAUGGAAAGGGGUGGAAAAUGCUAAGCCCCAUCGUGCUGAUAUACUUGCUUACGGUCGUUCCGGCCAUCUGGUUCCUCGAGCUACACGAGUUCGACAGGCGUGCACGUCAUUAUGCGCGCGCAGCGAGGAUUUCCCGAGUUCUCAAUCAGACGAUUUCCGAAGAACCGGACGAAGUUCCUGUCGACCUGAGGGCCUAUCUCGGGAAACUGCUCGGGGUUCGUUUCGAGGUUCGAAUCCCUAUCAAGCUGACGGCGGACCAGUGGAUCCGGACCCUUGAGCAGCUGCUGCUACUGGUUCUCAUCCUGUGUCGCUGGUUGCUUCCCCGGGGCCGCCUCUCCCACGACCAGCUCUCACAGCUGCUCCUCGUGUACAUAGGCACCGCCGCCGACAUUGUGGAGUUCUUUGAGGCAUUUAAAGAAAAAGAGUCAGCUAAAGACAUGGACAAUCUUAAAAGGUAUUAUCAGGUCUAA